AUGUGGAUUCUCCACGGCAACGUAACUGAACGCGGAGACGUCGGCGGGGGUCCUGGGAAGAGUUAUCUUUUCUUCUUGACAGCCUAUCACCCUGAAAUCGGUUUGGUCCGGUGCGCCCCGACGACCCUUGAAAAUCCGCGGGAAGGAAUAGUUUUCACGCCAGGUCGUACUCAUAACCGCAGCAGGUCUCCAAGGAUUGGCUCUAAGGGUCGGGCUCGCUGGGCCUUGGGGGGAACCCCUCGGAGCAGGGGGGCACUAGCCGGGCAACCGGCCGGCGCCCCCCAGCACCGGGCGGGGGACGCCCUUGGCAGGCUUCGGCCGUCCGGCGGGCGCUUAACGACCAACUUAGAACUGGUACGGACAAGGGGAAUCUGA